GAUCACCACAAUUAGGCCACAUCACCAUCAAUUAGUUCAGUACUAAACACAAUUAAUUCUUGAGGCUACAAUUAAGUAGCAGCAUCAAGAAUGUCCAGGCUGCAAGCAAAGAGCUUUAGGAGGAAAGCGGCGGCGGCAUCUCACAGUCACAAGACGGCGAGGCCGACGAGGUGGCCGGCCAGGCUGGUGGACGGCUUCAGGAGAAUGCUGGUGGGAUUCUUCUCCUUCCCUCCGCGGCCACCGAAGGUGACCUUCUCCGUCGACGACCACCACCGCGGCAGCGGCGGCGACGGAGGAGGAGGAGGCGAGGAGUCUAAGCGAUCGUCGUGGAGCAGCUCCAACCUGCACCCGCUGAACGCGCACUACGACGAGGCCAUCGCCGACUGCGUCGAGUUCUUCAACAAGUCCGCCAGGGUCGACCUCAGGUCACGGCCGCCGCACUUCUGAAGUUUUGAUCGGUCCGGUGUUGUGUAUGUGUUUGUCUCGUCAAUUCAGUGAUGCGUUCGAGAUGCCUCGGCCUGUUGUUUACUUAGUUUAGCUAGCUGCGUCGUGCUGCAUUGCAUAUCAAAUGCUGCCUAAGCUAUACAUGUGUACCAGUGUAUAUACAUCAAUCUGUGAAAGACAUG